AUGUGUAAUUUGCCGCCGAAGUUCCAUUCAGUGUGUCGCCUUUGUUUAUCAUUCUGUGGCGAUAAUUGCAGUGAUGUUAAACUCCCAAUAUUCGAUCGUGAUAAGGAUAAAUCCCGGCUUUCCGAGAUGAUAAUGACGUAUUUGUCUAUAAUGGUAUCAUCAGAGGACAUGCUGCCGCAGGUAGUAUGUGGUAGCUGUGCACACAAACUCGAUGAGUUUCACACAUUCAGGGAACUGACACACAAGUCUGAGAGACUAUUGGAACAAUUUGUACAAUAUGCCAAUUCACUAUCAGGUCCGAAAGAGGAUAUCCUGAACGUGACCGCUGACAAGUUGGAAGAGAUUAUUAAAUCCUUAAACGAGAAUGACUACGACGAUGCUAUAAAGAGCAAGUACGAUGAAAUCGGCUCUCCGGACUCCACCGAAGAGAUGAAGAACUUAGAGAGUCGGCAGGCGGCUGUGACACUGCUGCAGAUAAAAAACUACGAUCCAACUAAAUACGCCGUUAAAACUGAGGAAAGUCCUCACAUAAUGUUCAAUAGCGUACCGAGUUUACCGCCUGCCGACAGAGCGAGAGAGGUUAUGCAUUGUAAUGCCGUCAUAGAUAUAAUAAGCAAGGCUGUGGCGGUGGCGCAGCGGGAGAACGUUGAGACACAGAACUAUCAGCCGAAUUACACUAGCGUCAUAGACAGGACGUCCUCUACGGCCACAGAAGCGUACAGUCAGGAAUACCCCGAAGAGCAAUAUGGGUAUAAUACUAAUGACGUCAUCAGCCCCCGCAGUGAUGACGAAAACAAAGAAAUGGACCUCUCUCUAUACGGAACUAUCAAGAACGAAGCGGCGGAACAGAACGAGCGUGAUACUAGCUUCAUACAGAACAUAGCAAGUAAUAAAUCAAGCUUCGUAGAUGAAUACAAACAGCACGUGUUCGGUCAAGCUAAGAAGCAUAAUGAUAGCUCGCCGGUAUACGAGGAGUGCAGUCAAAGCAGCAGCGGUUCCGACCCUGAUAGACUACAGAUGGAUAUCUCUGAAGUAUCGCAGGACGACCCUGAAGAGACUCAAUCGGUGCCAUCAGCUCAGUCAUCACCCAAGCCGCCUCACGAGAACGACACUGACAAGGAGUCCCUGUGGCAGGCGCUCCACAAACAGAACGGUCGUGGCGGCGAGGCGACUCACCUGCUGCGAAGGCUCAUCAACAGCAAACACCUGGGCAUGACGGUGUCCCCGCUCCGGGCCGCGCCCUCACCACUACCGCAGACACACGCGCACACACACAACGGCACCGUGUCGCCUAACGGUGAGUGGUCGAGUCCUACUCGCGGGUCGGCAGCGGGCGCCGGUACAGCAAGGAGGAAGCAGAGCUGCCCGGCUCGAGCACAACCAGCAUUGGAUACUACUGGAUGGACCAGCGACCAGCAGGAGAGUUCAGAGAACGCGUCUAACUCAACAUCAAGCGUUGUGUCAAACGCGGCGAGAGGACCUCGUGUUGAACUAUCAUGUAGUAACUGUGGUACUCACACUACUACAAUAUGGCGGAGGGACGCGCGCGGGGAGAUGGUGUGCAACGCGUGCGGUCUGUACUACAAGCUGCACGGAGUACCGCGACCUAGUGCUAUGAGGAGGGACACUAUACACACGAGACGCAGGCGGCCGAGACACGACGGGAAACAUACUAGGAACAAAUCUCGUCGGAGCGUUACCAGCGGUGAGGGAGGGGGGGCGGCGGUCAGUACUGACUCGGAGGUGUCCCGGGGCGCGGGAGGGGGAGGAGGGGGUGACGGCGCCGAGGAGGCCGUACUAGCAGCACUCAGGAGACAGCUACAGCCACACCUGCUGGCGGCACUACACGCACACACACCCAGGGAACACACGCACACACGUACACAGGGUCGCAGCGUGUCGGAGUAUGAUGAAGCGCCCCUCAACCUGGUAGCGAGUCACGUGGCCGCUGAGGAGACGCGCUGA